ACCAGUGCACUUACUAUGCGUUCUUCUUCCUUCCAUUCCACAGUCAGACGCGACCGCGUUACCCUCAAGAUCAAAGGCGAGGUCGCUAAAAUAAUGAAUUCUCUAUUAAAAUACUUACUGAUACUUCUGGGACUUAUCUCGGUGAUCAUUAACAUCGUAUUGAUAUGCCUGAAUACAAAUAGGCGUCCAAAAUGCCUGUCCCAGCCGCAAGAAUCCUUACAAGUCAGACACUCGGAUAAAAGUCUAAUUUUCGCGGACCUCACUGCAGAGGAGUACAAGUUAGUUCGCGAUUACAUGUGGGCUCAAAAUGACCUCAAGAUUUCCCAUUCAGCCGCUGCUAGACCCUCAGAGAAUUUCAUCUUUUUAAUCGACCUCUUGCUCCCGAAAAAGGCUGACGCACUGCGCUACUUAGACGCCAACGGACAGAAGCCGCCGCGUGAAGCUACUGUUGUUGUGUUCCACGGCGUUCACAGUGGGUACCUGAAGGAGUACAUAGUGGGACCUUUGCCUGGUCCACUGCAGCAUCGGGAUGUUACUCAGGAGAAGUAUGAUACUACAACCUUACCCUUCACAGCCCGUCCGGUAACAAUUGGAGAGUAUGUUCAACUCUUCCAACUUUUUGAUCAAGUUUUCAAAAAACUUGAAAAGCCACUGAAGGAAAGUUUUGGUUAUAUCCCAAGAAAGCGGGAAUUGCUGCCGUUUGAGGGUAUGCCUAGAGGCGUAAAUGCUGGUGAGCGCAAAACAUGGGUAUCUUUCUUUCGCGAUUACAGUGGCAUGUACAUCCAUCCCGUGGGCUUCGAAAUCUUGAUUCACCACAAGAGCAUCAACUCGUCAGACUGGACAGUUGAGAAGCUACUGUACAAUGGUGAAUAUUUCGACAGCAUUGACGAAUUUAAAAAGAAAUAUGAAGCAGGUGCUGUAAAAAAGAUAGUCUACAAAGAAAUCCCAAAUUACGCGUCACUGAAGCCGAAGAGUAAACCUUCUGGGUUAGGACCACACCAGUAUUAUCUUAGAGGCAAACGUUUCAGCGUUAAAAACAACCAGGUGGUUUAUUUAGAUUGGAGUUUUGCAUUUGGCUUGAGUUCCCUGACUGGUAUGAGGGUUUUUGAUAUUCGCUUUAAAGGGGAGAGGAUUGCGUACGAGCUCAGCGUGCAGGAGGCGAUGUCUGUGUACGGCUCUAUCACUCCUGGGAUGAUGCUCACGAAGUUCCUCGACUCAAGUAUCGGAAUCGGUCGCUUUGCGCACGAGCUGGUGCGCGGAAUCGACUGUCCGUACGCUGCCACAUAUGUCGACUCAUACCGUUAUAUUGAUACAAAUGUCACGCUGCGUUCCAGAAACUCCAUCUGCGUUUUUGAGCACGACGCUGGCCGACCUCUGCGACGACACUUUUCAGAUUUUUUCCAUAAUGGUUAUGGUGGUAUGGCAAACAGCGCUCUUGUGUUUCGCACUAUCACUGCUAUAGGGAACUAUGAUUACAUAUGGGACUUCAUCUUCUAUCAAAGCGGCUCCGUGGAGGCAAGGGUUCACGCCACUGGCUAUAUAUCAUCCUCCUUUAAGAUGAAUGGAAGUCUGGAGUAUGGUCACCAGGUUGCAGAAAAUGUCCUUGGGAAUAUCCAUACACAUUUUAUCAACUUCAAAGUAGAUCUGGAUAUCUUAGGUGUGAAGAAUGUGUUUCAGACUAAAGACAUGGUGUAUAAGGAGGUGCCAUUGCCAUGGUUGCCCUCAUACAAUGCAAAGAUACCACAGCUGGUGGAGCAGCAAAUCAGGACAGAGAAAGAGGCUGCAAUGCUGCAUAACAGCAAAACACCUCGUUACCUUCAUAUAGCCAGCAACCGCACCAACCGCUGGGGCCACCAGCGCUCUUACAGGCUUCAGGUGGUGAGCUUUGCUGGGGAUCAUCUCCCUGAAAGUGAGCCUGAAGAGAAGUCCAUGUCCUGGGCUCGGUAUAAAGUUGCUAUAACUAAGCAUAAAGAUGCAGAGCAGACAAGCAGCAGCCUGUACAGUCAGAAUUACAUGUGGUCCCCAUAUGUUGACUUCAGCAAAUAUAUUGAAGAUAACGAGGAGCUAGACAACGAGGACUUGGUUGCCUGGGUGACAACUGGCUUUCUACACAUUCCACAUGCAGAAGACAUCCCCAACACUGUUACUGUGGGCAAUGGCGGCGGUGUCAUCCUUAGGCCGCAUAACUACUUUGAUGAAGAUCCGUCCAUCCACUCACCUGAUGGAGUGUAUUUCUCACCAGGCUCUGAGAGUGACUGUGAGUACAACACAAUGGCGUGCCUGGAAAAGGAUAUGUGCAGUUCCACACUGGAGCCAUUCACAUACCAUGGCUUCGAGGGGGUUAUGAAGUUUGAGUAAGGGUCUUAGUUCAGUCUAUGAUAUAUGUAAUGCUGUUACAUGUAUGCCAAAUACUGAAGUCUUAUAAUGCAAAAGUAUUUGCUUCAUCAUCAAUCACUUUGUGCUAGUUACUAGUUAGACAAGCUUUUGUAUCUUUUUAUGUAAAUAUUAUGAAUAUUAUCUCUGCUUUUGCUUUUGCAAAUUGAUUGUGUGAUGUGAUCAAGAAUGUCAAUCAAAUUUUAUGACAAUAUAUGCAUAGACUUUUUAAGGGUCUAUCCUUCCUUUGGUAGGAUAUUUUUUGUAAAGCAUAUUUUAAAAAUAAAGUGUAAAGAAAUAGGGUAAUUUUUGACAGUACAAACAUGUCUCUUUUUUACUGAGAGACUUUAGAUUAGAAUAGAGACUGAUACAACACCUCAACAAAUUCUCUCUUCUUUUUUUUAUAAAACAUCUAUGCAAUAAAAUGUCAAGGGUGACUA